GGUACAUAGGUAGCGGUAUGCUAUCAGCAGCGGUUGCAGGUGGUGUCUUUGCCUCCCCUCCCCCGGCCAGUGUUCUAGCGGCCAUUUUGUGUCUAAGUGACGCGGGGGUGUCGGGAGUUCUACUCAUCGUUAAGAACUACACCGGCGACCGCCUCAACUUCGGCCUCGCUGCGGAACAGGCCCGUAACCGCGGCGUCGCAGUCGAAAUGGUGAUUGUCGCCGACGACUGUGCUUUCGAUCAACCCAGUAAGGCCGGGAGGAGGGGUCUGUGUGGGACGGUGUUCGUUCACAAGCUUGCUGGGGCUCUGGCUGAAGAAGGUUGUUCAUUGGACGAGAUCGUCUCCAAGGUGACAGAGGCAGUGAAGGGCAUUGGUACUCUGGGGGUCAGCUUGUCUCCCUGCAGUGUUCCAGGCUGUCUGCCUUCCUUUGACCUGCCUGCUGGAGAGAUGGAGCUGGGACUGGGUAUCCAUGGUGAGCCUGGCAUUAAGAGGUCGAAGGUGACCUCGGCGGAUGAGGUGGUGAAGACCAUGGUAGACCAUAUGACCAACCCUGCCAGCCAAUCACAUCUGUCUCUGAAGUCAGGUGACAGUGUGGUCUGUGUCAACAACCUUGGCGCUCUGUCUUGUCUAGAGAUAUCUGUUGUUACUAGAUCUGCUAUACGCUACCUGGAGGGUCGUGGGGUGCGGGUUGCCCGGGUGAUGUCGGGGUCAUUUAUGACAUCACUGGAAAUGGCGGGAGUGUCUCUGUCAAUGAUGAGAGCAGACCAGGAGAUACUCCGACUGUUUGAUGCCAAGACCACAGCCUCUGCCUGGCCCAACCUCAGUACUGUGUGUAUCAGUGGGACAAGUUACAUUCUGGACCCUCCAGCGAAAGACAUGCAAGAGACCUCACACACAGAAGGUCCUCUCAGUGAUGUGAUGCGGAAGGCUCUAGAAGCGGUGUGCUCUUCCCUUCUUCAACGCCAAGAGGAACUAAACUCGCUGGACAGGGCAUCCGGGGACGGAGAUUGCGGGAACACUCAUGCCCAAGCUGCCAAAGCCAUUCAGGAGUGGCUUCCGAGUCACAUUGUUCCUGUGCCGGGGCAACUACUGUCCACUCUCGCCGGAUUGGUGCAGGAGAGAAUGGGCGGGUCUUCAGGAGCGUUAUACAGUUUGUUCCUGACGGCAGCUGCUGCUCUUCUGAAGGACCGCAGCGACCCCGCAGCCUGGGCCAACGCUAUGCAUGCUGGGACAGACGCUAUGAGAUGGUAUGGAGGAGCUGAUCCUGGAGACAGGACUAUGUUGGAUGCUCUGUGUCCGGCAGUGGAGGAACUGAGGAGACUGACAACAUCGCCACCUGGUGGUCACAUGGCCAUUCUGCAGGCUGCUGUGGAGAAAGCUGAACUGGGGGGCGGAGUCUACCCGUGA